UCAGCCAAACUUCCAUCUCCUGCCCACAUGUCCUACAACUGCUGCUCUGGAAACUACUCCUCCCACUCCCUUGGGGCAUACCUGCGCUCCCCAAGCUCCUCCUGUGGCUCUUCCUGCCCCAGCAACCUGGUCUACCGCGCUGAUCUACGCUCUCCCAGCACCUGCCAGCUGGGAUCUUCUCUCCCCAGUGGCUGUCAGAAGACCUGCUGUGAGCCCACCAGCUGCCAGACAUCCCGUGUGGUGUCCAGCCCGUGCCAGACGUCCUGCCACCGCCCGAGGACCUCCACGCUCUGCAGUCCUUGCCAGACGACUUGCUCUGGGUCUGUGGGCAUUGGGUCCAGCAGCUGCCGUUCCCUGGGCUAUGGAUCCAAGGGCUGCUACUCACUGGGCUGUGGAUCCCAGGGCUCCAGAUCCAUGAGUUAUGGAGUCUGUGGCUUCCCUUCUCUGGGCUAUGGAUCCAGAUUCUGGCAUCCAACCUACUUGGCUUCUAGGAGCUGCCAGUCUCCUUGUUACAGGCCAACCUAUAGAUCAGCCUUCUCUAGACGAACCUGUUGA